UCCUAUAAACUGAGUUAUUUUAUACAGGCGAGUGAUAAUCAUCGCUGCCUAGUCACAUGAUUCUUCUUCUUCUGCUGCUACCAUAUUUGAUAAGCUCACACAGAAGAGCAGAGGCAAACAGAUCUUCUACUCCCAAAAAAUAAAAAAAUGAGUUCAACCCAAACCCAUCUUUGUGAUCAUGACAAUCACGCUGUUCCCAUAGUUGACUUGUCUCUCCUGCACCAAACUGAUCCCCACACAAAAUCUCUACUCAUCGAUCAAAUCCACCAAGCAUGCCUACAAAUGGGUUGCUUUCAGAUUGUUAAUCAUGGGAUAAGUGAAUCGGUGAUAGAAGGAGCUUUAGAUGUGAAUUCAGAGUUCUUUGAUAUGCCAAUUGCAAACAAGGAAGAGCUCAUGUCUGAUGAUAUAUACAAGCCGGUGCGAUUCAGUACGGUUCAGGGCAACAGUCCAAUUGAGGGCCAAUUUUUUAUAAACUUCCUUAAGCUAUAUGCUCAUCCUCUUGAAGAUUUUGUGGCAUUAUGGCCUAAUAAUCCUCCUCAUUACAGAGAAAAGAUGGAAAUGUACACCAAGGAGGUGAUGAAACUAAGCAUUGAAGUACUUGGAGCCAUUAUGGAGAGCUUAAACUUGGCUCCGACAUACCUAAGAGACAAAUUGGAGCAAGGAUUCCAAAUGAUGGGCAUCAAUAGCUACCCACCAAGUUCCCAAACAAAUGUCAAGAUUGGUGUAGUGUCUCAUACAGAUCAUAGCAUCAUCACAAUUCUCCUCCAAAGUUGCUCAGGCCUUCAUGUCGUGGACACCAGUGGCAGUAGCAGUGGUGGUGACGGUGCUUGGAGGGUUGUCCCUGAGAUGAAGGGCACCUUGGUAGUCCUUGUUGGAGAUCAUCUACAAGUAUUGAGCAAUGGUAUCUACAAGAGUGUGUUACACCGUGCAGUCCCGAGCACAGAUGAAACCAGGCUGUCCAUAGCUAGUUUUCACAAUCUAGCCAUGGAUGAAGUGGUUGAGCCUGCUCCAGAGCUGAUGGAUGAAGAGCACCCAAAAGGGUACAGAGGAAGUAGCUUCCAAGACUACAUCAACCAUCUCUAUUCUAAAAAAGAAAAAACCUUCAUUGAGACUCUUAGAUUGAAUUGACAUAUUUGUGAUAGAUGAUGUGGUCUCAAAUUCUACUGCUUGAUUGACAUUGUAUUGUGUACUUUUAUAGAAAUGAUAUGCAUACAAAUUGUGUUUUCACUUGCA